AGCGCUCGCUGUGCGGGGCAGAGCUCGGCCGCUCCCCAUCAGCCUCAGCCAGUCGGUGUCAGCCCUCCUCCGUCUCCUGCUCCCCGACGCCGGACACCGACAGCCGCGCUGGAUUCAGAGGAUCGUCCCGUAUCUCCGGCGGAUCGUGAUCACCCCACCCAGAUCAUCACGAAACCCCCGCGCGCUUGUGCGCUGCGACUCGUGCGUUCGUGACAGCCGACUGAUGGUGCAGAGGCACGUGCGACGGCGUUUUUUUAAGGGAGGAAAAGCGAAGGCUGCGCUUGAUAUUUUUGGACAUCGUGAUUAUUUUCUAAAAUAUGACCCACCGCACGGAAUGAAUGGACACAACAUGAUGCGCGUGCGCCAUGUUCCCGAUGCACCUGCAGCUCCUGCGAAUGGAGGCUGAUCCCGAGAUGAUGGAUAUUCACUAAGUAGCCACAUUAUGCGUUAAUCUGCGUUUUUUAACUUGCCAAAAGAACACGUGCAACCAUCUUUUACAAGCCUUUGUCUCGUCUACCUCAUCUUUGUGAUGUUUUUGUCAAGAUUCAUACCAGGAAGCACAUUUAAUAUCUGCAUUCUGCUGUGACGAAGCUGGACUUUUUUCAAAUAUUUUUUAAGAGGUCAGAUUCAUAAGAUAGAUUUGGAUCCUUAAACAAGGUCAGCGUGACACUCCUUGAUGGUUUUAAUCCUUGAUCUCAAGAUGAAGGAGGCGUGCCGCAUCUGUGGACGUGAGCUCUGUGGGAACCAGCGGCGAUGGAUCUUCCACCCCACCGCCAAGCUCAACCUGCAGGUGCUGCUGUCCCACGCCCUGGGCCAAGACCUGACCCGGGACGGCAGAGGGGAGUUCGCCUGCUCCAAGUGCACCUUCAUGCUGGACCGCAUGUACCGCUUUGACACCGUCAUCGCCCGCGUGGAGGCUCUGUCCAUCGAGAGGCUGCAGAGGCUCCUCCAGGAGAAGCACCGGCUCAGGCAGUGCAUCGGCGGGCUCUACCGGAAGACCAACCAGGAGGACGCCGCUGUGACUCUGACUGGAGCCGACAACGGGUCGGGAGAUGGCAUGGUGGAUAUUUCAGGUCUAACUCAUGCCAAGUACUGCGCCCUUCUCCAGGAGGACCUGGUCUACUCUCUGUAUGAGUCCUGGGCUGAAGACAGCCUGGACUGCCACCAUCACCACCACCCUCAGUGUCCGACAGGCCCAGGGUCAGAGGUCACAGGCUCACACCGCUGUGCUCCCAGCACUCCCCGGAGGUGCCGCGGCUGUUCCCACUUGCGAGUGGCGGACUCCGACUAUGAAGCGGUCUGCAAGGUGCCCAGGAAGUUGGCACGGAGCAUCUCGUGUGGGCCGUCAACCAGAUAUUCGGCCAGUGUUAUCGGAGGGAGCAUGGCUGAAGGAGGCGCAGGUGGAGACGGCAAAGAUGUGGAAGAUUCAGACGAGCCCCCCUCUUCUCUGACUCUGGUUCCGGGGUCUCAGGACCCCUCGGGGACAUCAGACAGCGAUCGAACCCUGGCUGGCCGAGUUAGCUCCAGCCCGUCUUUGGCUUCCCUGGAGACGACUGAGGAAUACAUUCAAUCCAGCACCAUAACAGAUGGCCUGCUGAGUUCCCCCAAGGAGCCAUUAGAAGACCGGAUAUCUGACUCCCUGUUUGAGGAGCCCAUCCUAGACCCUCACGGCAAAGCCUCGCCUGGACCCAGCCUCUCUUUGGCUGUCUGCUUGUUGCAGAGUUACAAUGUUUACCGGCCGGUCCGCAGCGCUAAAGGAAGCAAGCUGCCAGUCUUGCACCGGAGAAGCCCCAGUAACGCAGGCGCCAGGCCGAGCUUCCCCGACCCUGUCCUGGGGAUGUCCUACGGGACCCCAGAUUGUGAAAGAGACGCCCACUUACUGACACCGGAGCUGGAAACUCCACUUAUCAGGCUGAGCGCUGAUGUGGAUCCAGAUCUGAGACUGGCUGAGGUGGAGGAUUUGAAAGAUUUGUACAAAGAGUAUCCUCCCCCGCCUCCCCACCAGAGCCUUGUUGAAGAGCAGCAGAGCCAGCUGAACCAGUACGAGUGUGCGGCCGGGCAGUGUGUCAGUGAGCUGCAGAAGGCUCAGCUGCAGGUUCAAUCCCUGCAGGUCAAGAUCCACGAGAGCGAGGCCAACAAUAUGAAGCUGCAGGAGAAGCUGAACGAGAUGGAGUGUGAGCUGCGAUCGCUCCGUCAAGCCUCUCAGAGUCAGGAGAGAACCAUCCAGGGCCUGACCGAGUCCAUCAGCACCAAGGACAGCGAGGCGCAGGAGCUGUACCAGCUGAUCGAAGGGCAGAACACCACCCUGUGUAAACUACAAGAACUGGCUCAUCGUAACCAGCUCUCUCAGUGCAAGACUCCAGCGGGGGUCAGCGAGUCCUUGGUGCUGGCGCAGCUGCAGGGUGAGCUGGUGGGAGUGCAGAGCUCGCUGUUCUCCCUGGGCCUGGAGCUGGAGGCCAGCCAGAGGAGUCUGAGGCAGAGCCAGAGGCAGGGAGACGACCUGCUGAGCUUCAAGGAUCGGCUCAACUCCGACCUCCAGGAGGCCCUGCAGCACCGGGAGGUCACCGAGAAGCACAACCAGGACCUGCGCUGCGCCCUGCAGAAGAUCCGCUCCGAGCUGGAGGCCAAAGAAGCGGCUCUGAAAGAGAGCGAAGCGGAGAGAUACGCCGUGGUGCAGGAGAAAGACCGCAGCAUCACGCAGCUCAGGCGCUCUCUGCAGGACAAGGAGCAGCAGUUGCAGGACUACUCGGAGAUGCUGGAUUCAGCAGGAAGCACCAAACCCAGAGAUACUCUGCUGGACAAGCUGAGGGAGCGCAUUAAAGACCGAGACAGAGCUCUGGAGCGCUCUAUCGAUGACAAGUUCCGGUGUUUGGAGGAGCAGGAGAGUCAGGUGAGGGGGCUGCAGCUCGCCCUGAGGGAGAAGGAGCGAGAUCUGGAGAGGCUGCGCUGCAUCCUGGCCAACAACGAGGAGACCAUCACGAGUCUUGACGGUUUGAUGCGGGGUAAAGAGCUGGAGCUGGAGCAGGCUGCAGAGGCCUACAGGAACCUCCAGUGGCAGAAGCAGCAGAGCGAGGCGAAGGAGAGGAACGCUCUGCGGGAGAAGGACGCCAUCAUCGCCCAGCUGCAGGCAGCCCUGCAGACACGCAGCCAGGAGACACAGGAUCUGACGGCCGCCCUCAUCGCCCGGGUUCAGGCCAGUCCCUCUGAGGUGGUGGAGGAGCUGAAGGCUCGGCUGGCUCUGAAGGAGAAGCUCUUCCAGGAGCUGCUGUCGGACCGCAGCCGGCAGUCCGACGAGCAUCAAGCGCAGAUCAACGACCUGCUCAACACCCUCGGCUCCAAGGAUCAGUAUCUGCAGGACUACUCCUACCGGCUCUCCUUAGUGAUCGACGAGCGGACCGGCCAGCUGCAGGAGCUGCGCAGGCUGCUGUCCCAGCGAGAGCAGGAGCUGAGCCAGCUGAGGCGGGACCGGGAGAGAGAGACCGGCGCCGAGAAUCUGCUCAAAGAGAAGGAAGCUCUCAUCAAGGAGCUGAUGCAGACUCGGAAAGAGGCCGUGCAGCCGCUUUCAGAGGACGGCGAGGCUGAGAUGAGGGCCCUGCAGGAGGAGAUGCAGCUGGUGCUGAAAAGGGAGAAAGAGACUCAGAAGGAGCUCUCUGCACUGCGCUCGUCUCUGGCUCAUCAGCAGUCAGGAGGCGCCUCGACAGAAGCUGCUGAUCAUCACUGUGUUCUGGAGCAGCUGGUGUUCGAGUACAACCAGCUGAACGACGCGCUGAGGGCAGAGAAGAGAUUGUACCAGAAUCUCACUCAGAUUCAUAAGAGUGACAGCAGCUCAGAGAAGAUCCUGGCCCUCCACACAGAGUUAGAUUCGGUUCAGGCGCUCCGCGGACAGCUGGACGAGGUCCUGGCUCGGACCCGUAGCCUGGCCCUGACGCUGGACAGGGCGGCCAAAAGACGGGCCGACUUUGGAGAGCUCAGCACUGAGGAGGAGGAGGAGGAUGAGGAGGAGGAAGGAGACAACGAGGAUGGCAGCAGCGACGAGUUCACGGACAGCAUCGAGGAUGACGAGGAUAACGCGGCUGCCAGAAGUUUGAGCUCCAACCAGGCCGGUGGAGCGGAGGGCGUGGCCGGCGGCCUGGUGAGGAGGGCGCUGUCUCAGAGGGCUGAGGUCAAGCAGCUGGAAGACGCCAACAGAACCCUGGAAGUGGAGCUCGGGGAGAUCAAGUCCCAGCUGGAGAAGGAUGGCUACACCUCUGUGGCCCAGAUGAGGAGCGCCCUGCACAGGCUGCAGCAGGAGUACGAGGCUUUGAGGGAAAGCCGGGAACGGGCCGAGGAGGAUUACGAGAGCCUGAAUCAAGACGACCAGGAUGAAGAGGAGGAGGAGGAGGAGGAGGAGGAUACUGAAGAGGAAGAUGAGGAGGAGGAAGAGGAGGAAUUAUGUCCAGUGGCAGUGGGGAAGCGAGGCCCUCCGUCGGUCUGUCUGAGCGAUGAGCCGGGGAAGAGGCACUGCAUGAGGCCGUGCUCUCUGGACCUGAGGACCAGCGCGCCUCACCUCCACCAGCCCCAGACGGAGGCGGGACCGGCCGGCGACGGCGGCGAGCUGGGAGCGCUCUGGCGGGACAUGGACGAGGGUCUGCGUGAGCAGUCGGCCCGUCUGCGCUCCAAUCUGGCCCUGAGCCACCAGGAGAACCGGGAGCUGCAGGAGCGGCUGAUGGUGUCCGAGGCCACGGUGCACGCUCAGGCCGAGCAGCUGAAGGACUACAGGGACCUGCUGACAGCGGAGACUUCCGUCCAGCAGGCCAGCAAGCAGGUGCAGGUGGACCUCCAGGAUCUGGGCUAUGAGACCUGCGGCCGCAGCGAGAACGAGGCGGAGCGGGAAGACACCAGCAGCCCGGAGUUUGACGACCUGGAGAUGUGCACGUCGCUGUCCCACCAUCAGGACGGCGAGGCGACGGGCGGCGGCUGGUACGGCGGCGGCAGCAGCAGCAGCAGUAACCGAGGGACGCUGGAGGAGUCGGCGUCCCUCCAGCACCUGGUCCAGGACCUCCGCGCUCAGCUGACCCGCUGCCACAAAGUGAUCCGCGGCCUGCAGCUGCGCGUGCGCUCCCUGUCCACCACCAGCGACUACGCCUCCAGCCUCGAGCGCACGCCCCGAAAGGUGAACUGGGCCUUCCAGACCUCGCCGGCCCCCAGCGCCCUGGAGGAGGACGAAGGCUGGAUGUCUGACACUCAGGCCGUUCGCUCUGAAUCCAAACCCAGCGCGGAGCUGCAGGAGCUGGUGGCGCGAGUCGCCUCCCUGGAGGCUCAGCUGAGCAGCAGCGGCAGCAAAGACCAAGCAGAGGAGGGGAAAUGUGCCACCUGGCCCGGGAAGUACAGCACUCUGAUCCAGACUCAAGCUCGUGAGCUGUCCCACCUGCGGCAGAGGAUGAGAGAGGGCCAGGGAGUCGGACACAUCCUGACCCAACACCUUGGAGACACCACCAAGGCCUUUGAGGAGCUGCUGCGGGCCAACGACAUUGAUUACUACAUGGGUCAGAGCUUCAGGGAGCAGCUGGCUCAGAGCUCGGCGCUGGCACAGAGAGUGCUCACCAAGAUCAGUGGACGAGAACGAACAGAGAGCCACGAUGAUAAGACGGGACACGAGUUACUGGCCCUGCGGCUGAGCAAAGAGCUGCAGCAGAAGGAUAAAAUCAUCGAGUCGCUCCACAUGAAGCUGCAGCAGCGUCCCGAGACGCCGUCCAGCUGCCACGCCCUCUCCGAGACCACCGACCACUCGGACAGGACCUCCCUGGUGUCCGACGAGUACCAAACCACCGAGGAUGUGGAGCUGUGCUCGGAUCUGGACUCCAGAGAAUACCAGGAGGAGCAGCGGCUGCAGGAGCCAGGACUGGGACCGGGACCGGGACCAGAACCCAACGUCUGUCCCUCUGUCCCCUGCCCUCAUGGCGUCCUCAAGUCUUCCAGCAGCUGUCCCAACAUGCUUUGCUCUGCCAGUGUGGCUUCCGCCCCUCGUCCCUGCAGAGGUUACGACAAGGCUCUGUUCACCCUCCCUCCCCCGCCCCACAACCAGCACGAUCUCUCAGGCUACAGCCACAUAUCCCAUCAUGCCUUUCAACAGUACCAGCCGGGCGGCAUCGCCGACAGCCACUCCAUGAAGUCCGACCCGGGCCUGUUGGCCGGGGGGCCUUUGUGGGACGUGGAGAGCUUAGUUCAGCCGAAUGUGAGCUUUUCUGCUCCGUCUGGACAUCAAGCGAGCGGAAGCCAAGCAGGGGUGAAUCUGAUAGAGGAGCACCUGCGGGAGGUGAAGUGUCUCCGGCAGCGUCUGGAAGAGUCCAUCAGGACCAAUGAGAGGCUUCGGCAGCAGCUGGAGGAGAAGCUGGCCAACACCACGCGUGAUGGAGGGGCGCCAACAAACAUCUACAUCCAGGGUUUGGACACCGUCACUCAACUGUCCAACGAGAUCCGGAUCCUGAAGGAAGAAAAUGUGGCUCUGCAGUCUCGCCUGCAGGCCAGCUCAGACACAGGCGAGGAGGUGGCGCAGCUGCGGGAGGCGGUGUUCACAGCGCGGGCCCGGCUGAAGCAGUCCGAGCUGGAGGCCGAGCAGUGGAAGGAGGAGCUGAGGAGACUGCAGGCUCACAGCCAGGAGCAGGGCCAGCAGAUCCACUCCCUGAGGCAGGAGCGACAGGCCGGCCAGGAGAAAACCAACAGGCUUCAGCACGAGGUGUCCCUGCUGCAGCAGCAGCUCUGUGAGAGCAGAGACCUCAUCCACUCGCUGCAGAGCGAGCUGCACGUCUACGAUCGAGUGUGUUCCAGCACAAGCGCCAGCAAAGGCUACCUGUGCGAGGUGCCGGGCCUGCCGCUGGAGCUGGCCGAGCUGCUGGGGGAGGUGCGGAGUCUGCGAGCCCAGCUGCAGAGCAGCGUCCAGGAGAACAGCGCCCUCAAGCAGCUGGAGCUCCACAAGCAGCUGGAGCAGAAGCUGGGGGGCGGCGGCUCCCCCCGCACGCCGUCCCUCUGCGCCCUCACUGCCAGCCCGCAGAGGGAGAGCUUCUACCGGCGCCAGCUGAUUCACGACCCAGCUCCGUCUCCUCCAGUCAGGGACAUUGGUCUGUUUAACUGUGGAUCUCCCGGUCCCCCCUACUCAGACCUGGACGACAGCCAUAGCACUGCCAAUGACCCCCUGGACCCCCACUCUGAGCUGGAGGGGGAGGCCCCCGACGGAUCGUACGCCAACCGCAACGGUCGCCACGCCAUCGGCCACGUGGACGACUUCAGCGCGCUGCAGCAGCAGGUCCUGGAGGGCCGCAGUCUCGUCCAGCACAUGGAGACCACCCUGCAGGCCUGCCUGAGCCCGCCGCUGCUGGAGGACUGCCAGAGGCAGGGCGGCGAGCCGCUCCUGGACUACGCGUGCGUGAAGAGUCUCCUGUCCAACACCAAGACUCUGAGGCAGAUCCUGGAGGAGGCCUUGUCUCUGCUCAAGAUGUUCUGGAGAGCGGCGCUUCCCAGCACCGACCCCUCUGUUCACAACCUCAAGAAGGAGCAGUGCAUGCAAGAGGAGAUCUUGUCCCUGAAGCUGCGGAUUUCCGAGCAGGAGGAAGUCCUGAAGGGGACGAUCCAGAGACUGAGGAGCACCAGCCGCACCAAGGAGAGCAUGGAGCACUUCAUAGUCAGCCAGCUGUCAAGGACUCGUGAUGUGCUGAAGAAAGCCAGGACGAACUUGGAGAAGAACGAGCAGAGGCUCUCCUCUCUCAGCUCCUCCUCUUCCUCUCCCGAUGCCGGUGAGGACUCAGGAGGUGCUGCCGGAGACCGGCCUGCUGAUCGCGGUCACCUGAAGGACGGCGGGGCUCUGGGGGCCUCCUGGGCUCCAGGGGUCUCCGGGUCUGCAGCCAUUCGGCCCCCGGCAGCGAGGAAACGCAGCAGCGAAUACCUUCUUUAGAUUUUUUGAAGAAACCAGCCUCAACGCUACGACCUCUGACCUCUUUGCCCAAACAAGCCAAGAACCCCUCCCCCCUCCCCCCUCUCCCCCCUGCUCACCAGCCUGCCCUCCACCAUCUCAGCCACCUCCUCCGGGCAAUACGUGCACAGUGUAAGCUGCACCUCCAGCCUUACCGGGCUCUCUCCCCCCACCGCGUUUGUCUUUGAGUGACUCACUGUGGCGUCGCGUGACAGAAGAAGGUGUUUGAAAUGUGACUCUGGUGGUCUCGUUGAGGUGCGUCCCACUGAACGGAGCGGGUUCCAGAUGCAGCCGGACGCCGAUGUGGGCGGAGUUAACGAAGGGAAACAAACCCAGACGUCUGAAUGUGUUUCGCGUCAGUACGUACCUUCGUUCCGCCGCCGCCGCCGCGUCGGCGUCUGAAAGCAUCGUCUCCCGAAACAACCAGGCAGCCUGUGGACGACAGGGAUGGUCAUGCAAGUUGAAAAUGGCUCGUGGGAGGAAUUCAGCACGGACACACGCGCGGGCAUAUCAGUGUUUUACGUGUGUGUGUGUGUGUGUGUGUGUGUGUGUGAUCGAACACGGCUCACUCAAGGACAAGACUGCCUCAACUCUGACUGCCACAGAAAUGCAACGUGGCACAUUUUGAAAAACAAGGACAUCUUUUUGCAAAAGCAAUGCAAAGAAGGAAAAAAAAAAAAAAAACGACACCUACAAUGUAUUCUUAGAUACGUGGAGGAAUGUGCAGUCGGCAGGGGAGAACUGCUGAGUAGUUGU